CACCCGCUUCAUUUCUCUACAACAAUGUCUUCUUCAAAAUUUGCCUCCUUCCUUUAUCCUAUAGCCUUUGCUUUCCUUCUCCAUACAGCUUUUGGAGAUGACCCUCUUUUUCAUUUUUGUUCAAACCCUGAGAAUUUUACUGCUAAUGGCCCCUAUGAAGCAAACUUGAACAAACUGGCAAGUUCGCUCUACCUGCAAACUCCUUCCACAGGUUUCGCUAUGAGCAGCGUGGGUGAAGAGCCUGACCAAGCAUAUGGGCUGGCUCUUUGUAGAGGUGAUUUCGCAUCUUCGGACUGCAAAACCUGUGUUGCUGAUGCCAACAGUGAGAUUCGCAAGCGUUGCCCAUAUAACAAAGCUGCUAUCAUUUGGUACGACUACUGUCUUUUCAAAUACGCGGACGAGGACUUCUUUGGCCAGAUUGACAACAGAAACAAAUUCUAUAUGUGGAACGUGCAAAGUGUAGACGAACCAGAGGCUUUCAACAAAAAGACAAAGGAAUUGCUUAGCAAACUGGCGGAGGACGCUUAUGCAAUUCCCAAAUUGUAUGCAGUCGGGGAAAUGGACCUGGGUAAAUCGAACAAACUUUACGGGUUGACUCAAUGCACGAGGGAUCUUUCAAGCACUGAUUGUAAGAAGUGUCUUGACGGCAUAAUUGGUGAACUUCCAAGCUGUUGUGACGGGAAAGAAGGAGGAAGAGUUGUUGGCGGAAGUUGUAACUUCAGAUAUGAAAUUUACCCCUUUGUUAAUGCUUGAAGUUUAAAAUCCUGGGGUUUAAGGAACAUCUAUAGCAUAUUAUAUAUAAAUAAAUGGCUGCAAAAAGGAAACAUUAUAGCCCUGUACUGGGGUGAGAUGAACUUGCUCCCACUGAUUGUAUCUUUUCUAUAUAUGUUCUAGUCAUCAAUACAUUAUCGACAAAACUUACUAA